AUGACCACAACCACAAUGCAUAGCUACAAACUCUCUCUCAAAAGAGCCACAAAGAGAACAAGAACAACAAGAAGAACAAGAAGAAGAAGAAAUCACCCACUUAGCCAAAAUCUCAUCACCACAAUUGACCCCUCCAACCAUGAAAAGUGCCACAAAAAUUCCCAGAAACUGUCACAAAAGCUUGAGGCUUUGAAGAACCUCAUUCCCACAACGAACACCACCGAAGAAGAGGCUGUGAAACCGGACCAGCUGUUCAAGGAAACCGCAGAUUACAUCGUGCUGCUGCGGACACGUGUGGUGGUGCUGCAGAAACUCAUUGAGUAUUAUGGGAGCAACAGCACCCAGAACGAUGAACAUGCUUUGUUGUUACAGUAG